AUGUCGCCCUCGACGUCUUCUUCUUCGCUUUCUCGUUCCGCGUCUGCCUUUCCUUCGUCCAAUGCAAUCGACAUUCGCUUUCAGCAAAAUGACCUCCAAUUUACGUUGUCCGUUCCCAGCGAAUACUUCUCGUUACUGCAAUCUCAUAAAAAUGCCUUUCUUCUUGGAUCUACAUCUACCAGCACGGAUGAGCCCCAGGCCCCGAUUGAGCUGGCUCUUGCUUUCAUCGAAUUCCUCAUUCAUCAGAAGAUUCCCGAUGUAGCCCUGGCAGCUGUUACGCGGGCUUUGGAGUCGGAAUUCCUUCAGGGGAACGACAUCCAUACUCUGAUUAGUGGGCUGGCAGCAACCGUUGAGCAGCGUCAAAAUCUGCUACGAAUAUACUUUAGUGCGUCUGCUAGACGAGACUGUGAGCCAUAUGGUAGUACCCCAGCCUCCCGAACUGUCAAUAGUGCCUUGUUCAAUGAGGCAAAACGGGGUCAAUUCCACAUCAUGGCGGUCUUUGGCGGACAGGGCGAUGCGAGCCGCUCAUGCGUACAAGAGCUGUCGGACCUUCAAGCCACGUACAGUCCAAUGUUGCGAGGCUUUUUGCAAGUUAUGGGAUCUCAUCUGCUCAAGCUCUCGCAGCUCCAAGAAACAGCCACCUACUACGCAGGACGGCCGUUCCACCUUGAAAGCUGGAUUUCAGAUCCCGAUAGUAUCCCGGACAGUGCAUUUAUUGCCGGCUCCCCAGUAAGUGUGCCGGUCAUUGGACUCUUGAGUCUCGCUCGAUACGUGGUUAUCUGCCAAGUUCUUGGCCUAACCCCGGGUGGACUCCGACAAAUCCUACGGGCCACAACAGGCCACUCGCAAGGGUUAUUGGUAUCUAUCGUGAUAGCCCUUUCGGACUCGUGGGAUUCGUUUUACGAAAACUCUCAGCUCAUUCUCGAAGCAUUGUUCUGGCUGGGUUGGGACUGCCACCAUAAUGCCCCGUGGAGCAGAGUUCCCGCGACGGCCAUGGGUGAUCAGACAGACCAGAGCGCACCGUCAUACAUGCUUUCUGUGCGGGGAUUGAAAAAGGAGCAGAUGCAGACGAUUAUUGCACGUGUCAACAAGCGUCUGUCUGAGGGGUCAGAAGUUCAUCUGGCAUUGAUUAACGCCCGGGAUCAGCUUGUGGUCGCUGGUCCGGUGGCGUCCUUGGUUCGCCUUCAAACUCAUUUGCGCGAACUGAGCAGCUCCGACGACCAGAGUCGAGUUCCCUUCAGCAGCCGAAAGCCUUCCAUCCAGCAUUCGUUCUUACCUGUCAGCACACCGUUUCACACGCCAUACCUACGAGCGGCCGCGGAGUCAUUGAAGACACGUUUUGCCAACCGACCCAUUCUCCCUCAUCAGUUGUUGAUCCCAGUGUACCACACACAGACCGGUCAGGACCUUCGUAAAGGAUACACGGACGUUCUUCAUGUUGCAUUUGAUGCGAUCACUCACGAACUGUGCGACUGGCCCACGGCGUUGACGGGGGCAGUUGUUCCCUCGCAAAGCAACUUUCAGUUUCUGUCACACAUCAUCGUUUUUGAUCGAGGGGGCCUUGCACCCCUGAUCAAGAAGGUGAAAGAUGGACAGGGCGUCCGCAUUAUUCAAGGUGCCGACUUAGAUUCCCGAGACUCUACAAUAGGCACAAUGAGGGAUCUUGUCUGCCCCAAUUUGUUGACCUCCUCUAUGAGAACUCAGAGUUGGGGUUACCGGUUCCAGCCGAGGCUGACGACCGGAAAUCCAUUCGGGAUUGAAACGCGUCUUAGUCGGUUGCUAGGCACUCCGCCAGUCAUGGUUGCUGGAAUGACUCCUACAACCAAGCACUGGGACUUCGUGGCAGCCAUUAUGAAUGCCGGGUAUCAUGCUGAACUGGCCGGAGGUGGCUUCUUCAAAGCAUCUGACAUGGCCGCGGCCAUCCGACAGCUCUCAAGUAGCAUUCCUGCAUGGCGCGGGAUUACUUGCAACCUCAUAUAUGCCAACCCCAUAUCCAUGGCCUGGCAGGUCUCCUUACUCCGCCGUCUCUCACAGCGAGAAGUCCCGAUCGACGGUCUCACCAUCGGUGCGGGUGUUCCAUCUCCGGAUGUCGUGGCAGAGUAUAUCCAAAUGCUGGGGAUACGCCACAUCAGCUUCAAGCCAGGCUCUGUCGCUGCAAUACGCCAGGUUGUCACCAUCGCCAAGAACCACCCAGACUUCCCCAUCAUACUCCAGUGGACAGGAGGCCGCGGGGGAGGCCAUCAUUCGUUCGAGGACUUUCACACACCGAUCCUAAGCACUUAUGGCCUUGUCCGUGAACAGGCCAACAUCUAUCUGGUCGCAGGUAGUGGCUUUGGCACCGGGGAAAGCAUUUACCCAUACCUGACUGGGUCGUGGUCUAUGCCGAUGGGGUAUCCCGCGAUGCCAUUUGAUGGCAUUCUCAUUGGCAGCCGCAUGAUGGUUGCGCGCGAAACUCAUACCUCGCCCGCCGUCAGAGACCUGAUCUGCCGGACACCCGGUGUCCCUGACAGUGGUUGGGAAAAGACGUAUGGGGGUUCUGCCGGCGGGGUCAUUACCGUGCAAUCCGAAAUGGGCGAGCCGAUUCACAAGAUCGCCAACAGAGGGGUGCUUUUCUGGGCUGAAAUGGAUAAAACCGUGUUCAGCUUACCUCGAAAGAAUCGCAUCGCAUACCUCAGCCAGCAUCGUGAAACGAUAAUCAGGCAAUUGAACGAUGACUUUGCGAGGCCAUGGUUUGGUCGCAACUCCCAGGGAAAAUCUGUGGAUCUCCAAGACAUGACAUACGGCGAGGUGCUCACUCGGAUGAUCGAGCUGAUGUAUAUUCGCUCGCAACGCCGUUGGAUUGACCAGUCGUACAUCAACUUUACCAUGAACUUUGCUACGCGUGCCCUAGAGAGAUUCCAUGGAUCCAAAGGCAACCUUAAGUUCACUUCUGCCAUUCUCAAGGAAGACCCAGAGACAUUUCUGGACGCCUUCCUUGCUGCUUAUCGGGAGUGGGUUGACGAUCUUCUGAACCCUGAGGAUGUGUCAUUCUUUCUACUUCAAACCAAGCGACUGGACCAAAAGCCCGUCAAUUUCAUCCCGGCCCUCAAUGACGACUUUGAGUUCUAUUUCAAAAAAGACUCUCUAUGGCAGUCUGAAGAUAUCGAAGCUGUGGUCGACCAAGAUGCCCAGCGGGUUUGUAUUCUUCAUGGUCCUGUUGCGGCGCAGUAUUCCCAUGCCGGAAACCAAUCGGCGAAGGAUAUCUUAGACGGUAUCAUGUCAACACUGUCCGACUUUCUCCAGCGGGACCUCACUCAGGAUGACCUCAGUCCCGGGCCUGGAAGUGGCCUCGUCACGCCAGAUUCCUGGUCUACCGUCUCAUCAGCCGCCCGGGACCUACCGCUGGACGAAAUGUCCACUCCGUCAUCCGUGACGAUCUCAGAGUCUACCGAAGAUGGAUCCCUGUCUCCGCUGGGACUGGGGAGCUGUCGCGCUGUGCCUGUCUGGGUGCAGGCCAUUCUCAGUGAGAGACUAGUACUCCAAGGUCGGGAAAGACAACGGAAUCCUGUGCGCGACUUUAUCACGAGUUAUCCAGGGUCUACUGUCUGUCUCAGUGCAGAUCUAUCCGAGUUGUCAAUAGUGUCCGAAAAGACUCGAUCACAAUCCUUCAUGACGCUCAAAUCGCAUAAUGGAAUUGAUAUCGUGGUCGAAGCACGACCUGAGGAAAAGGCCAGCGCGCUGAGGCUGCUUUAUCAAUUCAAUCCGCAUAGCAUACCAUCAAGGAUAGUCGAGGUGACCGACCGUCGCAACGAGCGGAUAUGCGAGUUCUACAAAAACAUCUGGUUUGGCCCGCAGAGAAAUGAGAUGUCUCUCCGCGAUACCUUCUAUGGUCGCGAAGUGACGCUUACAGCUGAAGUGCUCAAUGAAAUGAUCAUGGCUGUCGGAUCCGCCUUCCAGGACCACAGAGUCAUGUUUCCAGAGACAGCUAUUGUUCCCAUCGGCAUGGGUAUCGUGAUCGCCUGGGAAGCCAUCUCGUGGCCGUUGGUCGCAAAAGGUCUCAAUGGCGAUAUUCUUCGUUUGGUUCAUCGAUCAAAUUCGUUUGAAUAUUGUCCUGGUGCCACACCCCUUCGUCUUGGCGAUGUUGUCAGUUCUCGGUCGCAAGUUCGAGCUAUAUAUGCUGAGGAGGGGGGAAAGGUCAUUGUUGUGGAGGCUACGAUUAGUCGCCUAGCCAAACCGGUGAUGACAGUGACCUCUACGUUCUUGAUUCGAGGGUCGGCCAAGAGCGAUCAAACCACUUUCCAACAUAUCAGAGAGCCUGAACGAACGCUUCUCCUGUCGUCAUCCAUAGAUGAGUCCGUUCUUAGACAUCGCAAUUGGCUCCACCUGCAUGAAAACGCACCCCCUCUGGUAGGGAGAUCACUCGUCUUCAACCUGGAUACCCACAUCACCUAUGCAGGGACGAAAAUCCAAAAUUUGGCGGUUACCGGAACAGUAUCCUGUCAGAUCAAUGGCCAGCAGUGGGCGCAAAUAGGCACGGUUAACUUCGAAUGUAACGAGUGCGUCGGAAACCCUGUCGUUGAGUUCCUGGAGCGCAAGGGCGUUGCGAGCGGGCGGGCGGACCUCGACACGCCAGGCUGGUCCGGGCCAUCAACGCUGGAGAUCCAAAUGCCCGCCAGCAACCAUGCCUACGCACAAGUAUCGAAGGACUUCAAUCCAAUUCAUACGUCGACGGUUUUUGCCAGCCUGGCCCAACUGCCUGGGCCGAUAUGCCAUGGCAUGUGCACGUCUACGAUUGCGGCAUUUGCGUUGGAGCACCUUGUGCUAGAAGGCGAGCGCGGUCGGCUCCGCCAGUUUAAAGCUACUUUCACUGCGAUGGUGUUGCCGUUGGAGAAGCUGGUGGUGAAGCUCAGGCAUAUCGGGAUGAUCGAGGGACGAAUGCGGUUCUCGAUCGAUGUCCUGCGCAAGAACAACGAAGUCGUCCUGCGAGCCGAAGCGGAAGUUGAGCAGCCUGGUACGGCGUAUCUGUUUACCGGUCAGGGCAGUCAGAGCAAAGGCAUGGGCAUGGACUUGUACAAUGCAAGUCCAGUAGCAAAGGCUUUGUGGGACGACAUUGAUGCGCAGCUUUAUGAGGCUUACGGCUGGUCGGUGCUUGACAUUGUUCGGAACAACCCAAAGAAACUCACGGUCAACUUUGGUGGCAAGCGAGGCCGAAAGAUCAAGCAAAAUUACCUCGCCAUCACCGCCGAAGCCACACUUCCAGACGGCAGCCGGAUUUUGAAGCCUGUUCUGGCAGAUCUCACGCCGGAGUCGACGUCAUACACGUUCACAGACUCACGAGGGCUGCUGUACUCGACACAGUUCGCACAGCCGGCGAUUCUGGUAUUUGAGGCAGCGGUCUUCGGCGAAAUGCGCACCAAAGGAUAUGUAUCCCAGGACGCAGUGUAUGCCGGCCAUUCGCUCGGAGAAUACGGGGCUCUCAGCGCGUUGUCUCGCUACAUUCCCAUCGGCGCUUUGGCUGAACUAGCUUUCUAUCGGGGGUUGAUGAUGCAAGCGUCGGUGGACGGACAAGGAAGCAUGACAUACGGCAUGGUAGCUGCCAAUCCGACGCGUGUUGGAUCGUACUUUGAUCAAUCUGCCUUGGCCCGCUUGGUGGAUAUUGUCGCUAGAGAAAGCCAAGAGCUGCUGGAGAUCGUCAAUUUCAAUGUCGACGGAGAGCAAUAUGUAUGCUCAGGAACGACCACAAACUUGCAUGUCCUCGGGAAGCUUAUGGACCACAUCGCCCAGUCGGCCAGCGGGCUCGACCAGGUUCGGGCCGUGGUGGAAUCAAAAUCCGCAGACGGCGGCGGGACCGAACUCCAGCGGGUCAUCCAGGCUCUACUUGCAGAAGCGCGCAGUCUCCCGCGUCCCAUCGAGCUUCAGCGCGGAAAGGCAACCAUCCCCCUUCAAGGGAUUGACGUGCCCUUCCACUCCAGCCACCUGCGGUCCACGGUCGAUCGAUUCCGGCAGUGUCUGCUGAAGCCGGGGUUCCUGGAGGGAAACGUGGACGUCGACGAGCUGGUGGGCAAGUACAUUCCCAAUCUGAUGGCGAAACCGUUUUCGCUGGACGAAGCGUACAUACGAGAGGCGUACGAACUGACGCAGAGCCCGAUCUUGGGGCAAAUGCUGGGAAAGCGCGGUGGCAAAUUAGGAUAG